GUCCCACCUGAUCCCUUAAGCUGCUGCUGUGCAGUCCGGAGAGCAAUAUCAGGUCCCUGACACUUGCAAAGCCGCACUGAUUAAGCACUGCCUCUUCAGUGCUUGGGAAGUCACAGAGCCACAGGCACAAUGAAACCAAGGUUCAACAUUUGGCUGCCUCUCCUGUCCUUCCUUUUUUCAACUUGCAGCACAGUAAGUGUAGCAGGGCAGGGUAGCAACCUCUUAAAGAAACGGCUGAAAUAGCUGCCAUAGUAGCAAAAUCACUGAAAGUCUCAUUUUAUUUUAUGUAUUAUUUCACAUAGUAUGAUGUUCCUGUGACCCGUGAUAACUGCUGCAUCUUGGAUGACCGAUUUGUAAGUCAAUAUCUCUUGUUAUUCUUGCACUUCUUACUAAUAUGGUUACUACUGGCAUGUUGGUAUGUGUAUUCCUUUGUGAAGCAGUUGUUAAAAUGUGCGGCUGCUUUUAACGUUGGUUACAGACUGCAUGCAACAUUUUAAAAUAAGCUCAUUUAUCAUUGUGUUUUAAACUCUCCUCUUGUCUAGCCUACAAGGGGGUGAUUAAUAUUCAUCAGGUUCUGCAUGUGUAGGGGAUGAAAAAUUAUAGAGUCAGGCUGUUAAACAUUUCUUCUUCUGCAGUGUGAUUUAAAAGUUCUCUUUUCCUUUAGGGUAGCUUUUGCCCCACCACAUGUGGCAUUGCAGAUUUCUUGAAUACAUAUCAGCCUACAGUGGAUCGAGAUCUCCGGAUACUUGAACAAAUCCUGGAACAGAUCUCUAACUCUUCAGGUUUAACGGACCAACUGAUAUCUCAGAUUCGUCAGGUGCACAUGGGAUCCCCUCAAACUCAGCCAAGUGAGAACGCAAAGGCCACUACAGUACAGUGGAAACAUUCCUUUAUUUCCCAGCUCAUAUAGCAGCACAUCACUAACAUUUUGCAUGCUUUUGUUCCUGUUCUGCAGAUGUGAUUCCAGGUUAUACUCAAAAGUCCAGAGAAAUCAUUGACGAAAUCAUCAGAUAUGAAAACAUCGUUGUGGCCCAUGAAAAUACAAUACAGUAUGUAUUUUCUGUUACUGCAGCUUUGAGGACUUUACUUAAUCUCACUGCUUCGCUUCCUCAAUGAAGUUCUGCUGAUGUGUUGAAGAAAAUGUGUGUGUUCUUAUAACUUAAUCUGUGUAAACAGACAUGUUGUUUGCUUAGUUAAGGUUUAUCACCUAAUCAAGCUAUUUACUUGUUUAAAGUUAUAAUCCAACCAAGAGAAUUAAGCUAUCUGUGUAGCUGCAGCUCCUAUACCUGUUUCUUGGACGCAAGCCUCACUUACUACAUUGGGGCUAACUUCUGAAUAAACCCGUUGAAUCAGACUACAGCAGAUGCUUCUUACACAUCUAAGGAACUCAGAUACAGCCAUCUCUUAUUCCUCCAAUGAGCUCAAGGCAGCAGACAUGGAGGCAUGCAGGACAAUUAUUCUUUUAGGUCAUAUUAGUGCAGAAAAACAAGCACUUGCUCCUAGUAGACUGACUGCAUUGAGGGGAGAGUGGGGUCCCUCACUGGACCUGCACCAAGCUCUAUGCCUUCAGUGGACAGUUUGCUGGACAUGCAGAGAGUGAGGUAACUUGAGAUAAGACAUGAUUCUCUGCCCCCCUCCAACCUCCUCACAGUCUAAAUGAAUUCAGCUUCAACUAUUGUUCCAAUAAAGCUGUCCUGUAUUGGGUUUUUCAAUUGCUAGGCAACUGACAGACUUGCUGAUUUCGAACAAUAACAAUAUUCAACAUUUGAAGCAGAAGACUGCUCAGCUUGAGGCACAAUGCCAACAGCCGUGCAAAGACACUGUCCAGAUACAAGAAUUAACUGGAAGAGGUAAGAGUGAGAGCCUAGUACCUGUUUGAUGAAUUGUGUGCCAUCACUCCCAUCUUAUUGAGGUGGCUAACAGCUCUUUUAAGAAAUUUAAUCUGUUUCUGAUCAUGAAGUCCACUCUAUUCAAAUAUAUACAGAAAUUAAUGGGAAGUCGCAGUGACAGGAUAAUGCCAGUUUAUUGUGUACUAACAUUUUAUGGAAAGGCACUGUAUUUGGCUAAUUGACCAUUUUAUAAACUUAUUUCAUUCUUGAGCAUGAAGCCCAGCCAUUUGAAAACAUAUUUUUAAAUCUGAAAGAACUGGAUGUGGGUACAAAGACUGUGGGAUUGAGAUCAAUAGAAAUAACUCUUCAUUUGACAGUUGUCACUAUGAAAUGGUUUCAUCACUAAAGCGUGGAAACAAACAACUUAGUUCUAGUGACUUAGUUCUAAAGAUCCAGAUGGGCUUAAGUCCAGGCUAACAUCUAUGGGCUGUCAUUCUGUUCUCACCUCAAGUCUAAGCACAAUUAUUCAUAGUUUCCACUGAUGUCUGCGGCAUAUGCUCACAAAUAAGUAUAUUUAAAAGUGGAGCCUUGAGGUCGACAUGUUUACUGCAUUAUAUCUACUUGUGUCCUUCCACUAAUGGAAUCCUUUUUGAAUGCAGCACAGACUUCCAUCAGCUUAAGGUAGUUUUUUGCAAAACUUCUCUUUCACCUGAAGUUCCCACUUCACCUACCAAACUGUUCCAAAAUGUCCCUCCCCUCACCCCAACAUAACAUUUGGAGCAGUUGCAAGAGGCCUCAUCUCCUUCCCAUUAGUGGAAGUCCCGGUUGGACCAAUGAGUGGAGAGAGACAACUUGUGGUAUUUUCUGAAGUUUCAAAAGCUUUGUUUGACCUAUAAAAUUAUCAAAAUCUCUAUCUAUAUAAGUAAAGAGGAGGAAGGCCAUAGCUCAGUUGUAGGUUAAUACAGUUCCAAGAAAACCACAUUUCGGUGCAGACAAAUAGGAAUGUAUCUCGUUAACUUCUGCAGACUUGCAAUGAAUAAUGUAGGUACAUCUCAGUGUCCAAAGCGUUUUGUUAACAGUCUUUAAAUUAUGUACUCCAGAACAGUUUCCACAUAGAGCAGAACCAGUGGUUUGAGGGGUGUGGGGUUAGUCUUAGGCCAGGGAGACUUGGGUUCAAAUAUCUGGUCAGCCUAAGCUACUUCAUGUGAUUCUUGAGAGAUUAAACUGUGUAUAUUGCCCUGAGUUCUUUGGGUAAAGCACUGGAGAAGAAUGCAAAUUAUAACGAUUGAGGUAUGUGGUGUAUUUAGUCUUGUUUAGUUAAAAUGUGAAUACCAUAGACAGCAGUUUCACUAAUGUAUGUUGCUCCUGUUUCUUCAUUAUAGAUUGUCAAGACAUUGCAAAUAAAGGUGCCAGGCAGAGCGGUCUCUACUUCAUCAAACCUCUCAAAGCCAAGGAGCAGUUCCUGGUCUAUUGUGAAAUGGAUACACUAGGAAACGGGUGGACGGUUUUCCAGAGGGUAUGUGAUCUGCAAAGCGAAUGCGUGGCAUGCAUAACAUAUAAGAGUUGUAUAAAAUGAAUACUAAUCCUGCUCAUUUUCCUUUCCUACCUCUCCAAUUCCUUCCUAUCAGAGGCUUGAUGGGAGUGAAGAUUUUAAUAAAAACUGGAUUCAGUACAAAGAAGGCUUUGGACACCUGUCACCAAACGACCAGACAGAAUUCUGGCUAGGAAAUGAGAAGGUUCAUCUGAUAACCACUCAGUCUGCUAUUCCAUAUGCCUUGCGAAUAGAGCUGGAGGACUGGAGUGGCCAAAAAAGGUAUUCCUCCAGGAGGAUUUCUUCAGUAGUUCAUGACUCUUAUGCUCCUGGUGGUCAAACAUUGGCUUAUUAACCAGGAGGAACAAUGGGGAUUUCCCCUUCCCAAACUUCACAUUUUCUUCCCAUGAGAACUUUGUACCUGCUGGUAACACUGCAUUUGGCUCAGAAGGUUAAGAGGAAAUAGUGCAAUAAAAGCAGGAACACACAUGAGGCCUCCCCACAAAAGGGCUUCCCAGGGAGUAAAAGAUGAGUGUGUGGGGUCUGACCUGAGGCCAGAAGGGGAAAGUGAAGCAAUGGUUGUCUGGAGAGAGGUACAACGAUGCCAGUGGAAGCAGGGGAAGGAAGAAGAGGUAGAUACAGGAUCUGUGUAUGAGCACUGCUGGGGUAGAGGAACUGUAACAGCAAAGGCUUGGGGUCUUGUGACAUGUUGGGGGCUGUUAAAUGCAGCAGAAAGGACUAUGUUCUACCUGGUUCUUUGUCGCAGGACAUCAUUGCUCUUAGACUUUGGAACUCUGGCUAUCCAAAGUUUGCACUGUACAGCUGCCAAAUUCUAAGGUAUAAACUAGAUCAUUCUGCUGUCCUCUUCACCCAUCCAUGCCCCCACUCCAGGUCUGUGGACCAAAGUCUGCAAAGAGGCCUCUUGCUUUAUCAACACCUGGCAAGCCUGUUAUGCUGUGCCAUCAUCUUUCUGUCCAUUUGCUACCAGCCAAUACAAGUCUUAAGGCUAUUGUUGGUUUCUCUGGGUUCUACUGCUUCCUGCAACAUGUGAUCCAGGCUCCUUCCCAGCAGCCAAUCUGACAUUGAUAUGUGUUCCGGCCAUUAGUCCACAGCACUAAUGAAAGACCACUGGGCUGUCCCCAGUGUUCUUUUACCUGACAAUAUUCCACCGAAGAGCAUAAAAAGCACAAUUAUAUUUGUUUAAAAUAUCAAUUUUUUAAUUAUAGAAGCAGGUAAAGUUAGUGUACCAUGUUAUGACCCAGGGAUGGUUUGCACCUCAUCUCUCAAACAAGCUCUAGUUUACUCCUGCAGUAACUGUAAUAGCAGAAAACUGCUUUACUAUGGUGCCCAGAACAGAGGAAUGUGAUCAAGUCCUCUACGUUUAUAGACCUGCUAAGAUGAACUCGGCAGGCAUCUGUUUCAGACAGUUUCUGUGCAAAUGCCCCCAUUUUGUACCCUUGCAAUGCCUGCACUACGUAAUAUAAUUAACGGACAUGUCUGAGGAAUCAAAAGUAAAAGACAUUUAACACUAGUAAAAUUUGGAACGUUUAACUUUCUCCUUUCUACAGCUAUGCAGAUUACGCCCACUUCAAAGUGGGAACUGAAGCAGACAAGUAUCGCCUGACUUACGCCUUCUUUUCUGGCGGUGAGGCUGGUGAUGCCUUUGAAGGCUUUGAUUUUGGAGAUGAUCCAAGUGACAAAUUCUUCACAUCCCACAACGGAAUGCAGUUCAGCACAGCUGACAACGACAAUGAUAAAUUUGAUGGCAACUGUGCUGAACAGGACAAAUCUGGGUGGUGGAUGAACAGAUGCCAUGCUGCUCACCUCAAUGGCAAAUACUAUCAAGGUAACGCUAUGAGCUUUGGGCAUGCUCCAAGUCCUCUCUCCCCUCCCCUCCAAACUUUUGAAGGCGGAUAGGUAACAGGGGCCUGACUCAUCUGAUCUCAGGUUUCAGAAAGAGAUGGGCAAACAUAGACACCUCCUCACAUAAUCUGGAAAUAGUUCCACUUAUUCUGAACCAAUCCAAGUUAAAAUAGACUCAAUCAAGGGGUGUUUGAUAGGACUGAUCUUUUCUCCUUCCAAUCCUAAACAUUCAGGGUAGGAUCCAACAAAAGUGAAUCCUAGGCUCACUGAAUAUAGUGCAACUUACUUCUGAGUUAACAUGCAUAGGUUGCACCUUUAAGCACUUUUCUGUCCCAUUGAUUUCAAUGAGAGAGAAAUCAAUUCAACUUUGAUAUGCUAGCCUUUGGCUACAGCAAGUCUGCAGACGCUUCAGAUUUUCCAGGAUCAAGUAUCCGCUGUGCUGUGGAUCUGGACGGCUGGGUAUAUGCAUUUUCCUGUGGUGUAAACCAUUUAUGAUUCUGAGAUAUCUUGAAAUAGGAAACUUUAAUACUGUAAUGGUGCCAUUAGCUGAUCAAUUGGCUCCUUACAUAUCACACAUGUGCAAUUAAGAAUUGUAAUUACAAAGUAUGUCCCCUUCAUCUCACUUCAGAUACUUACUCUGAAUAAGCCUGAGAAGGAACCAAUUGACAUUUUACAUAUCACAUAUUUAUUGUGUGUAUAACUAAGUGCAGUCCUUUUUUUCUACAAAAAUGUUUAGGGGUACUCUCACUUUCCUACUCAUAUUGAAAUACUGCCCCUCAAUGAGGCCAAACUUAGAUUCACAAAAUGUUUAGGGGUAUGCAUACCCCUGUGUCCCUCCAGAAAAAAAGCACUGACUAAGUGUUCUUAUUAUGAAAUGCCCCAUUCAACUCAGUGGAACUGACUUCUGAAUAAACAAGUUUAGAAACUUGCUGCAGAAUUGCUGGGGGCACAGAGAAGGGUAAAGUUAAGUGCAGCUUAUCUUUUCAUUCUGUAAAAAUAAUCUUACCAUCCACUUACAUGAUAUUAUGUUGCUGCUUGUAUUUUAGGUGGUUCUUACACAGAGAAAGAUGCCGGUCCAAGUGGUUAUGACAAUGGCAUCAUUUGGGCAACCUGGCGAAGUCGGUGGUAUUCCAUGAAGAAAACAACUAUGAAAAUCAUUCCAUUCUCCAGGCUUUCAGUAGUAACAGGAGGGCAAGCCGGAGGAGUAAAAGAGGUUAUUAUUAUUAUUAUUAUUAUUAUUAUUAUUAUUAUUAUUAUUAUUAUCAUCAUCAUUAUUUAGUUGCUUUGCCUUGCCAAAGCAACUGAAAGUGACUUUCAACCAAACACCGAACAAACAAACAAAAAACCAAACAUAAAUACAUUCAAAUUGGGGGUGGGGGUGGGGGUGGUGUGGUUGUACUUUACAAACAUCCCACCCACUUAUAAAAGCCAUACAUUGUUAAAGGCCAAAGGUCUGUGUAUAGAGAAAAAUGGCCCGGCACCUAAAGAUAAUAUGCAGUGAAGGUGCCAGAGGAGCCUCCCUGGGGGGAGCAUUCCAAAAGUGGGGACCCACCACAGAAAAGGCCCGUUCUCAUGUUGCCACCCUCCAGAUGUCUCUUGGAGGAGGCACAUGAAGAAGGGCCUCAGAUGAUGAUUGCAGGGUCCAGCUAAGUUUAUAUGGGGAGAGACUCUUUGGGGAGAGGUUCAUAAGGGGAGAGGCUGGAUUAGGAGGCCAAGGAGACAUUUAGGAAGACAACAAAGUCAAUUGAAAAUUGAAUUAAUGGAAGCAUUGCACCUGAACAAUGUUAAGAGCAUUUUACUGGCAUCUUAUGGAAAAUAUUCUCAGAGCUAUUUCAUUCUGAAUACUGUGUUAUCACAUUAAAAUCAAAAUGGCAUAUAGAUGUGUAUAACAGACACAUGGUACCUGAUGCCAUGUGAUGUGGUGUUGGAACUCUAGCAGAGAAUGGCUUUAAAAUAGGACUAGACAAAUUUCCUGGUGGAUCAUUCUGUUGAAACUAUCAUUUAGCCAUGAUAACUAAACAGAACCCCCAUGUUCAAAAUAAGUGUAUCUUUGAAUCCCAAACUGGAGUGGAGAUUGUUGUCUGUUAUGGUCUUCCAAAGAUUCUUAAUUAGUAAUGUCUUUGGUUGGAAAUUGCAGGGCUCUUUUGUUUCUGUGUUCACAAAAUCCUCUUUAUAGAUGUAUGUUAUUCAGUCUUUUCUCAGGAGAAAAAUGACAGUUGUUCCUUUUUCUUUCUUUCUUGUAGGUUGGAGAUGUUUAAAAGAACAUUUUUAACAAAGAUUUAACUGGUCAAAUUCACAAACUUUUAUAAAAUGCUACUCUGAAGUUCACAAAGCAUCCAAAAUAUAGUCUCUGGAACUAGAAGCAAAUCAUUAAAUGUUCAUUUCUGCCCUCCAAUAAAAGACAUUCAUUGCUCACAUUUUCUGCUGCAUAUUCACAGUUGCACAAUUUUGCACAAAGUUGUGGAAAACUGAAUAGCUCACAAGUUUAAAAGCCUGAAUCCUGAAGUUCUCCAGAUUGUGUCUGUAUCCAACAAUGGUAUAGCAAAAUCCACAUGCAAGAAAAUAUCCUUCAACAUAGGCAAAAACUGUUCUAGAUUAGAACCACUAUUUGUAGUUAUUGUUCAACAUUUCUUCUCCGUAUAUAUUUGAAUAAAUAUUAAUAAAUGAAAAUGUACUAUUAAUUGCUUCUUAACUGUCACAAUAAUUGAAAGGAAUUCAGCAAAUGUUCAGAAUCGUCUUCAAAAGAUUGUUUAUAAAUCUGUAAAUGCGCUCCUAGCUUUAUUCAUCAGCACCCUAAAGGUAAAGGUAAAGGGACCCCUGACCAUUAGGUCCAGUUGUGACCGACUCUGGGGUUGCGGCACUCAUAUCACUUUAUUGGCCAAGGGAGCCGGCGUACAGCUUCCGGGUCAUGUGGCCAGCAUGACUAAGCCGCUUCUGGUGAACCAGAGCAGUGCAUGGAAACGUCGUUUACCUUCCCGCCGGAGCGGUACCUAUUUAUCUACUUGCACUUUGAUGUGCUUUCAAACUGCUAGGUUGCCAGGAGCAAGGACCAAGCAACGGGAGCUCACCCCGUCGCGGGGAUUCGAUCCGCCGACCUGAUCGGCAAGCCCUAGGCUCUGUGGUUUAACAAUACCAUACAAAGCCCAAUCUAUUAUAUACAGUUGACUGCCCUUUAUUUAAUGUCACCUAUGUUUUAUUUCAGAUGGACCAGUGAUGCAAAUUGAUUUUGCGAAUAAAAGCACCAAAUUACCAGAUUUGGCAAUUUCAUAACCAAACUCAUUUCAUUGAAUCCCUUAUUGUUAGGUAAAGGUGUUUGUGUAGAAAAUGAUACCCUAUCCAUUCACAUUUAAAACAAAUUAUUCUUCCCUUGUUAUUUAUUCAUAUUCCAGAAAUAACUUCAGUUUAUUUUAAGGGAAUAGGAACAGUGCUUUACGAACCACACUGUUUUAAUUAGGAAUAAAAUAUACUUGCACCAAACACUUUUUGGCUGAAAUUAACCACUAGUAUAACAACAACAACAAUUUAUUAUUUAUACCCCGCCCAUCUGGCUGAGUUUCCCAGCCACUCUGGGCAGCUCCCAAUCAAGUGUUAAAAACAAUACCGCAUUAAAUAUUAAAAACUUCCCUAGAUCUGACAGAUACACAGAACUGGCUCACUAAAGCUCAUUAUUCAAGAAGCAUCAACAUAAUAAGGCUAAGACUCAAGCUGCCACUAUUUAAGGCAAAAUUAAAUUGAGAUAGUCAGCUAUGAUACCUUGAUUUCUGCAGUUGUGUCCGUGUUACUUCUAGUUUGCUUUGGCACAAACAUCAUACUACCUUCCCAG